AUGACAACCUUCCUCGAUGUCAUCCGAGUGAUCUCCACCAUUACAGCGGUUCUCGUCGCUCUGUCCCCAGCCUCAGACUUCUGGAGGAUCUACAAGACCAAUACAACUGGACCAUCCUCCAUCCUGCCCGUAGUCAUGAUCUUCUGCAACUGCUACGUCUGGGUCCUGUACGCCUACCUCGUCGACAACAUCUUGCCGCUCUUUGCCAUCAGCUGCUUCGGUAUGUUCACCUCCGUCGUCUUUGGAGCCAUCUACUACCGCUUUAGUAAGGACCGACCCCACAUCCACAAGGUUUAUCUGAUCACGUUGGCAGUGUUGGUUAUCUAUACAAUUUACUACAUCCUAGGGACGACUGGGGUGACAAAUCAGUCGGACGACGCGGUGGAGAAGGGUCUCGGGGUUUUGAGUGACAUCGUCAACUUGGUUCUAUUUGCUUCGCCGUUGGAGACAAUGAAGCAAGUGAUUCAAACGAAGGACGCAACGACGUUACCGAUUAUUAUCAGCGCCAUUUUCCUCCUUAACUCCACCGUGUGGACCGUGUUCGCCAUUGCUGAUGAUGACAUGUUUGUGAUGGUUCCCAAUGCCAUCGGUGUGCUGAUUUGCAGUUCCUAA